UAAGAGGAUCAAACACGCACACUAUGGCAAACUCUGCGGCGGUGACAACUAUCAACAUCCCAGAAGUGAAACUGAGUUCACCCACCGGUGACCGGAAGAUGCCAGUGAUCGGUCUGGGGACUGCAGUUGACAACUUAGAUGAAGCCAUGAAACUUGCUGUGCUUGAAGCCAUAAAGCUGGGGUAUAGACACUUCGACACUGCUUCCAAAUACGGGUCCGAGAAGCCUCUAGGAGAAGCGAUUUCUGAAGCAGUUAAACUUGGCCUUGUUACUCGUGAAGAACUAUUCAUCACUACCAAGCUCUGGUGCACUGAGGCUCAUAAAGAUCUUGUUGUCCCAUCUUUACAGAAGUCUCUCAGGAAUCUUCAGAUGGAAUACGUUGACCUCUAUCUUAUUCACUGCCCCAUCAGUGCUAAACCAGGUGAAAAACAUCAAUGGCCAAUACCUAAAGAGGAUCUUCUGCCAAUGGACUACAAGGUUGUUUGGGAAUCCAUGGAAGAAUGCCAGAGGCUUGGCCUCACUAAGUGCAUUGGCGUCAGCAAUUUUUCUAGAAAGAAACUCGAGACCAUACUCUCCGUCGCUACAAUACCUCCUUCUGUCAAUCAAGUGGAGAUGAAUCCUGUUUGGCAACAGAGGAAGCUCAGAGAAUAUUGCAAAGCCAAGGAUAUUAUAAUAACUGCCUUCUCUCCUUUGGGAGCCAAAGGGGCCAGUUGGGGCACUAAUCGAGUUUUGGAUGAUGAAACACUGAAGCAGAUUGCAAAUGCCCAUGGAAAGACUAUUGCUCAGGUUUGUCUUAGAUGGAUAUUUGAGCAAGGUGCGACUAUUGUUGUUAAGAGCUUCAAUAAGGAGAGGAUUAAGGAGAACCUGGAAAUUUUUGACUGGGGGUUAUCUGGUGAGGACUACGACAAGAUCAAUCAAAUAGAACAGCAUAGGUUGAUGCCUAUAGAGGGGUUUGUUUCUCCUCAUGGACCAUUCAAGACCUUAGAAGAUCUAUGGGAUGAAGACUCUUAAGCUUUUAUAUGUCAAAUUUUCUUGGAAAUGUCAUGUAUCUUUAAACCUCGUUUGUGUGUGUGUCUUGAAUUGAUGGCUUAAUUUUAAUGGUUUUGAUGCUUGUUUUUAAAUUUAAUAAAGACUUAUAUUGUGUGUUGAAUAAAGUAAUAUUUGUUGUAAA